AUGGCGUCCCUCUCUUCCCUUGCAGCUCUCUCUCUCCUCCUCUUCCUCUUCUGCACCGAUUCUGUUCGCUCUGCCACUACAACCUGCCCGCCUCAGAAAUUCAAGAACAACAAAAUCUUCGCCAAUUGCACAUCCCUCCCGGCGCUGUCCGCCGCCCUGCACUACACAUUCAACGCCACCAAUUCCUCCCUCUCCGUCGCCUUCGUCGCCGCCGCUCCAGCCGCCGACGGAUGGGUCGGCUGGGGGAUCAACCCGAACGGCACCGGAAUGGCCGGCACCCAGGCCCUCAUUGCCCUCAAGGCCGCCGGCGGCGGCCUCGUCGUCAAGACAUUCAAUCUCGUCUCGUACGGCAGCAUCAAGGAGGAGAAGCUCUCGUUCGACGUCUGGGACCUCGCCGCCGAGUCCCUCAGCGGCGGGGCCACCGCGAUUUUCGCCUCCGCGAAGCUCCCGGCCGGCGCCGAUCAGGUGAACCACGUCUGGCAGGUCGGCGCGACGGUGGCCAACGGUGUUCCCGCGAAGCACGAGUUUAGCCCGGCGAACCUGGCUGCCAAGGAGACGCUGCAGCUGGCCGGCGGCGCCGCUCCGGCGCCUUCCCCUGCUCCUGGUUCCACUCCCGGCGGCUCUGCUCCUGCUGCUUCUGCGCCGGGAAAUGGCACCAGUGGUGGGUACAGGAUGAAGGAGAUUAAGUUGGGUUCUUACUUGGGCGUGUUUGUUCUUCUGGCUGGCUUGAUUGGUUUCUAG